CGUCGAUCUGAUAUCUCUACUUCUCCUUUUCGAACCAACACAGAUCCAUUGGCCACCGUUUACAAUUUUCUCAAUCACUUGAGCCGGAGGUUAACAAAUCGGAGAUGGUCACCGACAAGCAGCUUUCUCCAAUCGGAGGAUCGAGUGUCCCGGUUCCGAACAGGAUGCUUAGGCUAUUGAAGAAGGCUACAUCAAUCUCCGAUCUAUGUCCUGGUUCUAGAGAAGCCGACGGUGAAGAUUUGGAGAAGGAUGGAAUCGAAAAAGACGAGAUGCGAUCUGAUUUAGAGGGUUUGGGUGUGGAGGAAGGAGUUAACGCGAGGAAGGCUCUCGACUUCGAUUCAGUGCCUGAGCUUAGUCCCGUGAUUGAAGAUCUGGGCGAGAAAUCUGAAGAGGCAAUCUCUGAAAUGGAAACGAGAGAGGAAACUAGGGUCUCUGAAAUCGAUUCCGCAUCUGAGGAAUCGGGAGAGAAAAUCGAAGAAGAGAUCUGUGAAAUGGAAACAAGAGAUUCGGAGUCGAGUGUGCCUGAGAUCGAUCCCGCAUCUGAGGAAAUGAGCGAGGGAGGCGAAGAGGAGAUCCCUGAAAUGAAAACUAGGGUUUCGGAAUCGAGCGUACCUGAGAUUGAUCCCGCGAUUGAAGAUCUGGGAGAGAAAAUUGAAGAGGAGAUCUCUGAUUUGGAAACAAGAGAGGAAACUAGGGUUUCGGAAUCGAGUGAAUCUGAGGAAUCGGGGGAGAAAGGCGAUGAAGAAGUCGUUGAGAUGGAAACAGAAGAGGAAAUAAUCAAUGUUUGGGGAUCGAAGGGAGUUAGAAAGAAGCGAUCAGUUGUUCUCGAGGCCAGUGAUAGCCAAGGAAAGGAGGCGAAGAGGAGCAAGAAGAAGACUGUUGAUUUUGAUGAGCUGCCUGCUUCUAUGAACAUGACCAAGAAGGAAAGAAGAGAGUAUCUUGACCAGCUUCGAGCAGAAAACCAGAGACUCUUGCGAGAAACACGAGAUGCUGCCUUUGAACCCGUCCCUCUGGUGCGUAAGCCCAUUUCUUCUGUCUUGGAGAAGAUUCGACUAAGAAAAGAGGAGAUUUCUAAGCAAUUCCUUAGCAGGAAGAAAUCCAAUUCUAAGGACAUAGAUGACGGGCCUUAUGGUGAGGAUGUGAAUGAUUUUGAGGAAGUUGUAAUCGAGGAGGAGAACGAAGAUGUGAAUUUGGAAUUUACAAGCAACCAAAACCCUGACGGGGAGGAUUGCUUGGAGGACUCUGCAGGUCCGUUGGGGAAGUCAGACAGUCCAACUAACAAAAAAGCUGAAAGUAACUCUACUCAUCAGGAUCCAUCCUUGCGCUCACAAACAACUAAUUUUGGAGAAGAACUUCUAGAGAAGACAUCAACCAGAUCCGUGGAAGAAGUGAUGGCACCACCAUCAGUACCUGCCAAUAACCUCAAGCGAAACCCAUCUCCAGCCCCUGACAAUUCUGAAGAAGCAGAGUACACUAAGGAAAGUUAUGAUCCUGAGACCCAUGAUUCAUCUCCUGGAGACCCUGUUAGAAAAUUUAUUGAUGAGGUUGCUGAAGAGGAAGAUGACAGUGACAACGAUUUACUCCGGUUUGAAGAUGAUGAUGAUGAUGAAGAAGAGGAUGAAGAAGAUGAUGAUCUCAGGGAUAUGAUUGCCAGUCAAUUUAAGGAAGAUCCAAGUGACAAAUAUAAACGUAAUGAACUGCAUCAGAAGUGGCUUGAGCAACAAGAUGCUGCAGGGACAGAGAAGCUCUUACAUAAGCUAAAACGAGGUCUGCAGCAGGACGAAACAUCAUUGUUUGAAGAUGAAGACGACGACGCUGAUGGUGAAGAGAUGGCUGAAGAGGCUGCUGAUGAUGAAGAAGUGACAAAACCUGAAGCCAGUGAAGAUGAAAACGAAGAAGAUCCGAGUCAUGCAACUUCCAUGCGAAUGAGGAUAAAGAAAAUAAAAGAAAUGAUCCCGUUAAUGUUCACAGAUAAAGAUGACGUUUAUGUGUCAUCUGACGAUGAGGAAACGGAGAAGAAGCUCAUACAGCAGCGAUUGUACAAGAAAAGAUUGGAGCAAAAGGCCAAGCUUUCAUCAUCUACCGGGAAUGAAAACUCUGAGGAAAUUCUUCGCCACAUCAAGAAGCCUGAGAUAGGAAAGAAAGCAAAAACUUCUUUUAAAGAUAGGGCACUCAUGGGAAUAAACAAAAACCCCGCUGCAUCCAAGUCAUCGUUCUUGGGUAAACUUACAAAGAGUUCUAUAUCGGAAGGAUCUCGCAAGCGCGGAUCAAACGUUGUCCGUGGCUAUAUAUUCGAACGUGAUGACAGUAACAGCAAAAGCUUAAACUCAGUGCCAGAGGAACCUUCAGUUCCAGAGACGUUGCAGAUUGUUCAAGAAAAGAGCCGACCAAGAAGAGCUCCAGCAAAAUUCACCGCCUCACAGUCACAAGAGAGAUCAACAACAUCACAGGCGACGACUGUAGAGGAGGAGAAGAGCACGAGGCAGCGAACAACCUUGUACGAGAUUCUAAAGAUGUCUUCAAAGAAAACUAGCUUCACUACAGGCGAGACGGUGAUAAGUAGCAGCCACACUGAGUCUAUCUUUGCUGCCUUCAAACUGGAUACGAAACCAGUUAAGUCAAAUCCACAAGGACAGAGAUGAAGUCAGUUAUAACGUCUUCUUAAAGAGAACGGUGGCAAUGAAUCUGCACGUGUGAUGAACGUGAAUCACUGGAUCAUGUCGCUUUGUGUUUAUGUGGUAACUACUCACGAUGGUGGUAGGACCGUGCGGUUUGGCCUUGUCUUAAUCAGAUUCAAGUCUUCAUUUCUCCAAAGUACAUAACUUGUUGCUGUAACUAGAGUGUGAUUAUAGUGGGAGAUUAGAUCAUCCAGUGUAGUCAUUCGAAUUUGUUGGAUUGGAUUUACUAUCUAAAGUUUUGUUUUAUAUA